UUUAUUUUGGGUGGCUGUCAAUGUUUACAAUUGGAAAUUUACCAAUUUAUUUUAGGAUAACUUGGUAAAAUGCUUCAUAAUGUGUGCCGCGUGUGCGCCAGAAGCACAGAGAACUCGAAAUCGCUUAAACUAUUCAACAAUAGUGCUCGCAAAGUGCUGCAACAAAUCAGCUUGCUCACCGGCGUUCUGCUGCACUGUGAACCCGAUUUACCCGACUGGAUGUGUGAGAUCUGCCAAAGGGAUCUGCAGAGCGCCAUAGCUUUUCGCGAUCGCUGCGUGAGCAGUCAGAAAAUCUUUGAGGAUUCGGUGGCCAAGACCGAGGAAGUUAGCUCCCGUUCCUCAGUUCGUCGUAGUGCCCGCUCCCAAAGACAACGCCAUGAGGAACCCGUUCCGGUCCCGACCCCACCCAGUCCCCUAGAGAUGAUGAUUAAGCUGGAGAACCUGAGCAACGGCGAUGAGGAGGACGAUGGCAUCGAUCACCUGGAUUCCUGCAAUGAGGCCGAUAUGGAGUUGGCUAUUAAAGAGAUGGCCACUUCUUCGGAGAAUGAUGGGCCCGCCUCACCCAUCAGGGUGAAAAGAAUUCUACGUCGUGGAGCCAAUAAAUCCGGGAAAAGUGAAAAGCGAUCCAAAGUACCACUCCCUGUCUUCUUUUGCGAUCAGUGCGGCAACAACAUUACCGGCAAAUCCUCCUUCGAUCGUCACCUGCGGAAGCACAGUGGGAUUAGGCCGUUCCAGUGCGAACUAUGCCCCGCACGUUUCCUUUCCUCCGGUGAGCUGAAAGGCCACCAGGUGAUGCACACCGGGGAUCGCAAUUUCCAAUGCCGCUUCUGUGACCGCACAUAUGUCAACUACAGCGGACGACUGCGUCAUGAGCGGACCCACACAAACGAUCGACCAUUUGUUUGUGCCCAGUGCGGCAAAGGCUUCACCAACUCGUACAUCCUCAAGAAUCACAUGCUCAUCCACACGGGCGAGCGGCUGUUCAGAUGUGAGUUGUGCCACAGGUCCUUUGCGCGACCCACCCACUUGAAGACUCACUACCGCUCCAAUACCCACAAACAUAAUGUGGAGAAAGCGAAGGUGGAGUCGGGUGAGGUUCAGCAGCCAGCGGAGCAGGCUAAACCCGUUCUGGGAACCGAGCCAGAGGCUGUUGCCUUUACGAUAGAAGUGCCUUUGCCGGCGGAGCAGGAGCAGGAUGAUGCAUCUUUGGACCUGGGAGCCCUGGGAACAUCAAAUCUGAUGUAUAGUACAAAUUAGGUCAUUAAUGAACAAUCUCAACCUUAACAAAGCCAAAUAUAGUUUAAACAAGUUUUUAUCUUA